UUGUGCGCGGCGAGUCGGAAGGUCGCGUUCGGCGAGCGGCGGCAGCGAGCCGGUUGACGUGUAGUUGUGACGACCCUACGGGCCCGCGGGGAGCCCCCAGUCCCCUCGGCGGGGACUGCACCCAGCUCCCGUGCGGUCGGACGCGGCGAGUCCCGAGAGUCAGCGCGCACCAGGCAGCGGCGCGGCGGGCGGCAUGGGCCGGCGGCGGGCGCCCGAGCUGUACCGGGCCCCGUUCCCGCUGUACGCGCUGCAGGUGGACCCGGGCCGGGGCCUGCUCAUUGUGGCGGGCGGAGGCGGCGCCUCGCACACGGGCGUGAAGAAUGGCGUGCACUUUCUGCAGCUGGAGCGAAUCGGCGGGCACCUGAGCGCCUCCUUGCUCCACGCCCACGACACGGGCACUCGGGCCACUAUGAACAUGGCACUGGCUGGCAGUACCCUCGCCGCCGGGCAAGACGCCCUCUGUCAACUGCUGAGUUACCAGGCCCAGCGAGAGACAGAAAGGAAAAAAGCAGGUUCUUCUGAGCCAGCGCCCCCAGGGCCUCGCCAGAGGGGGACGGCCAGCUCUGCAGAAAACAGCUCUGCAACUGGGACCCACCAGGAAGGGGUGGAAGUCACCGUGCAGAACGUGCGGGCAGUGAAGACGGACUUCGGCCGAGAUGCGCUGCAGAAAGCUGUGUGUUUCAACCACGACAGCACCCUGCUUGCCACCGGAGGGACAGAUGGCCACAUCCGAAUCUGGAAGGUCCCCAGCCUGGAGAAGGUGCUGGAGUUUAAAGCUCACGAUGGGGAGAUUGAAGACCUGACUUUCGGGCUUGAUGGCAAGUUGGUGUCUGUGGGAUGGGACCUUAAGGCCUUCGUGUGGCAGAAGGACCAGCUGGUGGCACAGCUGCACUGGCAAGAGAACGGCCCCACCUGUUCUGACACGCCUUACCGCUACCAGGCCUGCAGGUUUGGGCAAGUCCCUGAUCAGCCCGAUGGGCUGCGACUCUUCACAGUGCAGAUUCCCCACAAGCGCUUGCGCCCGCCUGCACCUUGCUACCUCACAGCCUGGGAGGCCUCCACAUUGCUGCCUGUCCGGACCAAGCCCUGUGGUCAUGAGGUCAUCUCCUGCCUGAGUGUCAGUGAGUCUGGCACCUUCCUUGGCCUGGGCAUGGUCACUGGUUCUGUGGCCAUCUACAUAGCAUUUUCAUUGCAGCGCCUAUACUACGUGAGGGAGGCCCAUGGAAUAGUGGUGACGGACGUGGUCUUCCUACCUGAGACGAAGGGUCGGGGACCAGAGCUCCUUGGAUCCAAUGAAUGCACCCUGCUCUCCGUGGCAGUGGACAGCCGCUGCAGACUGCAUGAGCUGCCCUCCCGACGAAGUAUUCCUGUUUGGCUGCUGCUGUUGCUGUGUGCAGGACUGGUCAUCCUCUCCAUCCUCCUGCUACAGACGAUGUUGCCAGGAUUCUUCUAAGCCUCCCUGCUUCCAGGUUCUGGGGCCUGGACACUGCUCCCUCCAAACCAGACUGCCUAGUUCUCUUCCUCGGAUCCAGAGCCAAGUUUGCCUGGGACCACAUCUUGGCACCCCCAGUGCCCUCUCCAGUUAAAAGCCUGCCGAUGGCUCUGCGUGACUCAUUUCCGGGGAGCCCUGCGGAUCCACCCAGGAUGGAGGUGUCUGAAGCCCGAGCCUCACCACUUGCCUCCCCUUUGCCAACCAGAGGCUCCAGCAUUGAGAUGAUCCGUUCCCAGAAAUAUGUGAAGGUGUAGAAGACCUGCAGGUUCCCUUGGCGCCCUCCUCACAGCCUGUGGCCAGCCUCCAGCCUCUUCACAUGAGCCCUGGGCUUUUGCUGGGCUCUGCUGCCUGGAGACUUGUGGAGAAAGGGAGGAGAGGCCUAGGGAGAGGGGCGGACUCUGCUGGGCAGCUGCACGCCAGCUGGGCUAAAUGUGCCACAGGUUCUCUGGUGACCUCAGCCCAGCAUUGACAGGGACACUUGAACCCUAAGCUCCUUUUCAGGGAACUAUUUUAUUUAAUAAAUACAGAAGGACUGAGCUGCCCCAAA